UUACUCAAAGCUGCAGAGAAACACUUAUGAUAAUUUCGUAAUUUUAUUUUUGUUCUCUUAAAUUACUCUCUUUUUUCAAUUUUUGGAUUUUUUUUCUUUUCCAUUUCUUUGAUUCACAUUCUGUUAUCAUUGUGCCCUAGAUCCAUGUCUUCCUUCUUCAGGCCCCAGUUCACUCCAUAGCCUUUCACACCUCUCUCUCUCUGCAUUUUUUUGUUUCUCUCCUGGGAAAACGUGGAACUACUUCAACCCUCAUCCCUUUUGCUUCAUUAUUGCCCCCUUUUGUAAGUUCAGUUUCAUGAUUUUCUUUCUUGGGUUUUCUUCUCCUCACCUUUUUCGUUGUGGUUUUCUGGGAUUUCAUUACAUUUAUCCACUGGGUUUAUUUUCUGGGUUUUUUCUUGUUAUGGGAAUGUUGGAAGAGGAGGAUGUAUUAUUGCUACUGGAUGAAUUUGAAGGGUGAAUAUUGAUUCUGAAGUAGAUUAUUGUUGGGGGUGGUUGUUUUACAUCAUGGGUUGCGUUUGCUGUAAGCCCUCUGCUAUUGAAGAUAGCAAGGAAAGUCCAAGGGAUAGGGUGUCAAGUAAGACCUCUUCUGACCUGCGGGUUGCAAGACUGACUUCGUCAUCGAGGGAAGAAGCUUAUCGAGCUAAAGAUCAGUAUGAUGGUAAUGAUGCGAGAGUGACAUUGAUUGAAAAGCAGGUGAAUGGGUCUGGUCGACUGCCAGGGGAGAAUUUUGAGAGGAAGAGGGAGAAGAUGGAGCAUAUGACUGCUCAACAUCCUUCAAUGGGGAGAAUUCCGAAGGCAGCAGAGGGAGACCACAUUGCUGCAGGGUGGCCGCCAUGGCUGGCUGCAGUUGCAGGAGAGGCAAUCAGAGGAUGGCUACCCCGACGAGCUGAUUCUUUUGAGAAAUUGGAUAAAAUUGGCCAAGGGACUUAUAGUAAUGUAUAUAGGGCUCGGGAUCUUGACCAAAAGAAAAUUGUUGCUUUGAAGAAAGUAAGGUUUGACAAUCUGGAACCUGAGAGCGUUCGCUUUAUGGCUAGGGAAAUUCACAUAUUGCGUAGACUUGAUCAUCCAAAUGUAAUAAAGUUGGAGGGUCUAGUUACAUCUCGGAUGUCUUGCAGCCUCUAUCUUGUUUUUGAGUACAUGGAACAUGACCUGGCAGGACUUGCAUCACACCCUGGUGUGAAGUUUACAGAGGCGCAGGUUAAAUGUUACAUGCAGCAACUUUUAUGUGGACUUGAUCAUUGUCACAGUCAUGGAGUUCUACAUCGUGAUAUAAAGGGUUCCAACCUUUUAAUUGACAAUCAUGGUGUCUUGAAAAUUGCAGACUUUGGUCUAGCAAGCUUUUUUGAUAUCCAUCAAAAUCAGCCUCUGACUAGUCGGGUUGUAACUCUUUGGUAUCGACCACCUGAGCUUUUACUUGGUGCCACUUAUUACGGUACAGCUGUAGAUUUGUGGAGUACUGGCUGCAUACUUGCUGAAUUGUAUGCUGGGAAGCCCAUUAUGCCAGGAAGAACGGAGGUGGAACAGCUACAUAAAAUAUUUAAACUCUGUGGCUCUCCUUCGGAGGAUUAUUGGAGGAAAUCAAGGUUGCCUCAUGCAACGAUAUUUAAGCCCCAACAACCAUAUAGACGUUGUGUUGCAGACACAUUUAAGGAUUUUCCUGCACCUGCUUUAGCUCUCAUUGAGACCUUGCUCUCUAUAGAUCCUGCAGAUCGUGGCUCUGCUGCUCUCGCCCUUAAAAGUGAAUUUUUUUCAACAAAGCCACUACCUUGUGAUCCUUCAAGCUUGCCAAAGUAUCCUCCAAGCAAAGAAUUUGAUGCCAAAAUAAGGGAUGAGGAAGCUAGAAGACAAGGAGCAGUAGGAAGCAAGGGACACCGGCUUGACUUGCAACGAAAAGAUAGGGAUUCUCGAGCCGUCCCUGCACCUGAUGCCAAUGCUGAAUUAGCCUCAUCAAUGCAGAAAAGACAAGGCCUGUCCAGUUCAAAGAGCCGGAGUGAGAAGUUUAACCCACAUCCAGAAGAAGCUUCUGGCUUUCCAAUUGAUCCACCUAGACCUUCACAAGGAGCAGAAAGAAUGGAUUCUCAGGUGCGUCAUCCUAAGAAAGCCUCACAUUCAGGGCCACUUGCUCAGCGGGCUGCUUGGGCGAAAGCUAAUAGGAACCCAGAUGAACCUCCCAAAAUUUCAACCGGGACCGAAACUUUUGCAACUUCAGGACUAGUAGCAGCUAGAAGAAGUAUGCUGGCUGAAGAUUGUAGGGAAAAAUCUGAUUCUUCACAAGGAGAGGUUCAAAAGCUAAUUGGUAGGUUUCCCGGUUCCUUCAAAGAAACCUCAGAGUCGUCAAUGCUACCGGACCAGAAGUUCUCAAAUCACAGUAUUGCAGGCUCACACGAUAAAGAGAGGAGCAGCACUAAAGACCCUAUAGUUGUGGGUUAUGGCUCGAAGGGUCAUAAGAUUCAUUAUUCUGGUCCAUUACUGGUUCCUUCCGGUAACAUGGACCAAAUGUUGAAGGACCACGACCGCCAUAUCCAAGAAGCAGUAAGACGAGCUCGGCUUGACAAGGCUAAGGUAAGGAAGAUUCAAGCUGACGGGAAACAGGUGUCGACAAAUUCAUUAUUCGUCUCAGGUCGUUAAGCAGGGAGUUGGGUAGAUACAGAAAGACCGCAAAUGUUAGAGUUCAUUGUUAGGCGAGCAGGAAUUACUCCAGAAAUGUGAUGGAAUGAUUGGCUGGUGGUUCUGUUGUACAGGGAAGUCAUCCAGUGAAUAUCGGGUUGCGGCUAUAUUUAGCUCUAGUUUAUAUUUUUUUUUUACGACGAAAAAAGGGGGUAAAUGUUCCUCUCCUCUCGCACGCGUGCGUAAGGUAACACGUGUAACUUGGUUGCAAAUUAUGUAGGCUCUAAAUAUUUUGGCCAUUCUUGUAGAGAAUUUGUAUUUCAAUAUUGGCCUUAGGGUGUAUAGUUCAAGUGAAUAUGACAUUGUUUUGCUUCAUUGUCAAGAGAAUUUGUUGGACCAAAGAUAUUUGACUACUACAUCUUCUUAUUAUUGGGCAGGCAGGCCCUAUUACCAUUUCAAA